GUUAAGAACACUUCUUUUGCUGGAAUUUAUUAUUAGCUCAGUAUAUUUUGUGGUACGCGCAGUGAAUGAAUGCAUGUAUUCCUAAGGAGUAUUUGCAGUCAAACGAAUAGCGGGUACCUAAACGAACGUUUCGGGGUUUUAGUUUGGUUCUCUAAUUGUCCAUCCAGAAUCUGCUUGUGUUGUCUUUGACUUCGAAGAGUCGAGAACGAGAACUUUGGAUUUAAUCUGCGAAAUUUUCAGUUUCCUCAAAGGUUCUUCAAAGAAUGGUCAGCUACAGCUUCCACUGAGCGAAAAAACCUUCUAGCAACUAAAGAAAACCCCCCAAAUAAACGAUGGAAGCGGUUCUGAAAGACUCCGUAGCCAUGGCUGGUGAAGACAACGCCCUAAUAGCGAAAGUGGUGGCAAUGAUAGCGCUGGGAAUGUCUUCGUUCAUCAUCGGUCUUCUUCCGGUGAAGCUGGCCAAGAUGGUCUCGUUGACUAAUCUGGAUGGGGAGAAGAACCUUCUUCUGUCUCUUAUGCUGUGCUUUGGCGGCGGCGUUCUGCUCUUCACCACCUUCCUCCAUCUGCAACCAGAAGUGAGGGAGUUUUUCAACACGCUGGAGGCCCAUGGUAAGAUGCCUGACAUGAGAGGAAUUCCUCCGUCCGAGUUGGUGUUCUGUUUCGGAUUCUUCCUGGUUUACCUGAUCGAAGAGCUGGUGCACGCUUUUCUGGACAGGAAAAGCAACAAUGAGACAUUACGCAGGUCGCUCUCGAUCCGAAUCAGUUCGCGCAAAACAGACAAUAUGACCAUCCCCAGGGUAACGUUGACAAAGUUUGACGAUGGCAACAUCAGCUACAUCUCCAACUCCAAUAAGGAGCUGCUUGAGUCGCAAACCACCAUCAAUGUGGAGAAACAAGGAGGCGGACACAGUCAUGCCUCAAUGGAUGGCAGCAUCAACAAUCCGUUCAGCGGUUUCUUGGCCGUUUUAGCGCUGAGUUUCCACGCGAUCUUCGAAGGGCUGGCCGUUGGUUUGGAAAAGAGUUCGGAUAAAGUUUGGUAUCUGUUGGCGGCCAUCGCAACCCACAAGUUGGUGAUCGCAUUUUGUGUGGGAGUUGAGUUGGUGUCCACCAAAACCAAAGUCAUGUUGGUGAUGUUGUAUAUUGGCACGCUUGCCAUUGUUACCCCCAUAGGAAUCGGCAUUGGCAUCAUCUUGAGCAAUGUGGAGAAUAAUGAGAAUGUGGUUUGCGUGGUUCUUCAAGGCAUGGCAGCUGGUACUCUCCUUUACGUGGUGUUCUUCGAGGUGUUGGCCCGAGAACGGGACAAUAAUCAUAGCGGAGUUUGGCAAUUGCUGGCCAUUCUAGUCGGAUUCAUGUUCAUGUUCACUCUGCAAACAUUUACUGGUCAUGAGCAUUCCCAUGGUCCUAACGGAGACCACGAUCAUCACUACCAUGAAUCCAGCCUGGAACUCACCACUCCUUUGCAAGAAGCUGCAAACCGCGUCUUUAGCCGAUAAUGCGGAUGUGAUAUACUUGUAGGAAAUAAUGAAUGUUUGGAGAUGCUAAAUAACUCGUAAGCAAUUAGGUACAAAUACCUUACAAUUUUAUUAUUUUUACUAUGUAAAACUUUUAAUUGGAAUUUUCUGAUCGCCUUCGAUAUGGUAUAGUAUGUGGGUGUAUAAAAUUAGGGUAAAUAAGUCACUUGAGUCUGUGAAAAAUUUAUUUUUAUCAAUUUAUCAACAGAUAACUUUCCAACUAGCAAUAAAGUGCGCUAAUUCUCCCGUACAUCUAAACUGUGUAAAACUGUGUGAUAUUCAGAGAUCAACACUUUGCUUUCAAAUGAACCUAUGUUGAUGUAAAAUACAUAUCUACUAUUUCGUUUUUUUUAUUCAAAAUAAUAUCUUUUAGCAAAAAAAUGUUUCUAAACGAACACACCAAACAAGUGAUUUCUAAUCAAAUGCGUUUUAAAAUUAUAUAUGAUAAGUUACGUGAUAAGAGCUUCAUGUGCAUGUAGUUUAACUAGUCGAUAGUGUAAAAUGUAAUUUUAUGAACCGAAUUGUAUUAAAAUGUUUAUGUAAUAUAUAUGUUCCUAAGGAAAACUGUUAAAGAUAGGUAUACUAUUAGGAUAUUUGAAUGGCAAUGUGUGUGUAUGUAAGAAAAUAUACUUAUUUUUGAAAGCAA